UAAAGAUGCAUUGGAGCGUCGCUAAACUGCACUAAACACACACUUCAGAUGUGAGUCUAAACACAACUAAAAGUGUUUUUUGUAUGUUUUUUCUUUGCUCUGUGAAAAUGGCUGAAAGUGCUGCUGAUGUAAAUAUUUUCUGCUCAAUUAGGAUGGAGGAAGCAGAAAAUGGGAUUGCUGUGGUGGGAAUUGGAUGCAAUUUUCCAGGAGGAGAAGGUCUUGACAGCUUUUGGAGGGUUCUUGUCGAUGGGAGAAACUGCUGUGUGUCAAUUCCCAGAGAGAGGUUUGAUGUUUCCAGCUGGUAUGAUCCCGAUGACACCAAACCCGGUAAAUCCCGGACAGCCAGAGCUGCUCUCAUUGAUGGGUUUAAUGAAUUUGACCACAAGUUUUUUGGCAUCAGUGACAGUGAAGUGGAACAAAUGGAUCCUCAACAAAAACAGCUCCUUCAGUGUGUUUACAGAGCUUUAGAAAAUGCUGGAAUUCCAAUGGAGAAAGCCAAUGGGACCAGGACAGGAGUGUUUUUUGGCAUAAUGAACAGAGAUUAUGAAACAAACGCUGCACACGUGCACCCCAGUGUGAUCAACCACUGGACAGGAACUGGGCUUGCCAUGAGCAUUGCAGCAAACAGAGUCUCUUACAUCUUCAACUUUACUGGACCUUCUCUCUCCAUUGACUGUGCCUGUUCAUCAUCACUUGUUGCCCUUCAUCUCGCCUGCCAGUCUAUUAAACAAGGUGAUUGUGACAUGGCUGUUUGUGGAGGCGUAAGCUGCAUCAUUGAGCCGAGAGUGUUUGUGGCGCUCAGCAAAGCCAAGAUGAUUUCACCUGAAGGGACGAGCAAACCUUUUUCUAUCAGAGCAGAUGGUUAUGGGAGAGGGGAGGGCUGUGGGGUGGUCCUCCUAAAACCACUGAAAAAGGCAUUUCAAGACCAUGACCACAUCUGGGGAAUCAUCUGCAAAACUGCAGUCAACCAAGAUGGACACUCAGUCAGUCCUAUCACCAAACCCUCCAUGACACAACAAGAAGACCUUCUGCGUAGAGUUUACUCAGACAGUGAAAUAGCAAAUGUCCAGUACAUAGAAGCUCAUGGAACAGGUACUCAAACAGGAGACUCAACGGAAUUAGGAAGCAUCUCUAACAUCAUUGCUAAAGCCAGACCUCCUGGUUCAGGCACACUGUGGAUAGGCUCAGUGAAAAGCAACAUUGGACACACAGAAUCUGCAGCUGGGGUGGCCGGACUGAUUAAGGUUCUGUUGAUGAUGAGGCAUGAAACCAUUGUUCCAUCAGUUUUCUAUUCAGAUGAAACUUCUAGUGUUGAUGCAAAGACCCUGCGCAUUCAAAUUCCAGUGAAAAUUGAAAAAUGGAAAUCUUCCACUGCAAGAGUUGCAGGAGUGAACAACUUUGGGUUUGGGGGAACAAAUGCCCAUGCCGUAGUCAAACAGCACAUACAGCCAAGUGUUAAGCAAAGUAUCAACGAGCAGCAGGUGAAAUAUUUUGUUGUGUCAGCAAAAACACAAAAGUCUCUUAAAAUGAUGUUUGAGGAUACCAUUAAACAACUGGAGGCACAUAACAAAGUCGAUUUCAAUUCUCUGUUGUACACAUCAGCUUGCAGAAGAAGCCACCAAAGGCAUAAAUACAGAAAAGCCAUUGCAGUUUCAUCAGUAGGUGAUCUUAAAGAGAAGCUGAAGGUCGCUGUUGAUAAAAACGUUAGCCCAGCCCUGUCAGAUCCAAGAUUAGUGUUUGUGUUUUGUGGAAAUGGUGUCACUUACCACGGCAUGUGCAAACAACUGCUAAGAAAGGAGCCUGUGUUCAGAGAAAAAAUAAAAGAAAUCACACAUCUUUUCCAAACUCUGAGCCCUCUGAACAUCCUGAGCUCACUCGAAAGCGACUUUGAAAGCAGUGACUUUAAAAACCCAGAUGUUGUCCAACCUUUGCUGUUUGCUGUCCAGGUUGGUCUUUCCACCCUGCUCAGGCACUGGGGUGUCCAUCCUGACGCUGUGCUCGGACACUCUGUUGGUGAAGUUGCUGCCGCUCACUGUUCUGGCCUCUUGUCUCUGGAAGAUGCUUUGAAAGUCAUAUACUUCCGCAGCACCCUUCAGACCAAAGUGACAGGGGGGAAGAUGCUUGUGAUCAGCAACAUGGCUUUAUCAGAGGUAGCUUCUCUCCUCCCUAACUACUCCGGAAAAAUUAGCCUUGCUGCUUCCAACAGCCCAAGUUCCUGUACACUCUCAGGUGACCCAUGUGCAAUUGAUUGCCUUCAUAAGGAGUUAAUCAACUCUCCUAACAGUCAGAAUCUGUUCCUUCAUGUACUGGACGUCCCUGCUGCCUACCACAGUCACAUGAUGGAGCCAAUUCUACCAGAAAUCGAAAUAAAAAUUGGCUUCUUACAGGAAAAUGACCUUGAUACAGAGCUGUUCUCCACAGUUACAGGGAAAGGACGACAGCAAGGAGAUUUUUGCUCAGGUCAAUACUGGGCGAGAAACAUUCGUGAGCCAGUAGCUUUUGAGCAGGCUUUGAAGUCAGCAACUAAAGGAAGGAAAACUACAGUCUUUGUGGAAAUAGGGCCAAGAAGAGCACUGCAGAGAAAUAUCAUAGAAACAUUGGGAAACAAUACAGCUGUUGUUGCUUCAGUGGAACCUCAGAAAGACCAUGAAUCAGCCAUGUCUGUUAUUUCUAAACUGUUUGAGUUGGGCAUUCAGGUGAAUUGGAACAGCUUUUACAGAGCUUACAAGACAACGCCUUUGUUCUUCCCAAGGUACCAGUUUGAUUGCUCUGAUAGAGACAUUAUCAUCGGAGCAGCCCAGAAUAACAAACCAAGCAGCCAUCCUGUGCUCUGUCAAACCGGAAGUGAAAGCAAUAUUUUCAGUUGCAAUCUCACAUCUGAUGCCACUCUUUACUUAAAAGAGCACAAGCACAAUAACAUACCCAUCAUCCCCGGUGCCUUCUAUGCUGAGUUGGGUUUGGCUGCAUUCCUCACUAGUGCCAAACCAAAAGUGCCCCUCAGAUCAGUGCAACUCAGUGUCGGCUUUCACAGUCCCUUUGUUUUAAAACAAAACUCUAACGAAAUGAAAGUGCAAUUGGAACAAAAGGAAAAAGAGACUGCUUUCACCGUGUUUUCGUCAUCUGCGGUCUAUGCUUCAGGCACAGUGGUUUCAAAGAAGAGGCUGAUGGAAGAGCAGCUCAUUUCAUUAAGCUCCAUCUACAAACGGUGCAAUUCUAUCAUAAGUUUUGAAGAGUUUUAUGGGUUUCUCUCUCAAGGCGGCUUUCAGUAUGGAGAUGUCUUUCAGAAUAAGACAGACGUGCAUUAUGGGGAAGAUCUAAAGGAGGCUUUUGCAGCUGUUUCAGUUCCAGAGGAGCUACGGUCUCAUUUGCAUGACUACUCCAUCCAUCCUGUUGUGUUGGAUUUUUUGAUGCAGCUUCUUCCUGUUACUGUAGAACAUACCUUUGCAGGCAGGCCAGGAUUUCCUGCCAAAAUAGGCAGCCUUACAGUGUUUGAACCCUUGCAAAAUGAGAUGAUUAUCUAUCUGAGAGCAACUGAUGUGGGCACUGAUCAAUUUGAGGUUUGUGGUUGCUUUGCAGAUCAGGCAGGUAGAGUGUUGGUUGAGGUGAAGCAUGUGACAAUCAAAUACCUUGGCAGUCACUCUCAUGUAGUUGAGCAAUAUUUUUACCAUAAUGAUUUCAGUGUUGUUCCCAAACAUUUUCCUUCUUCUUCUUCUUCUCCUCCUCCAAAGGCAUUGGUUUUCUCUGAUGAUUUAGGCAUCUCAAAAGCUCUGCAACAUUAUUUGGACCCAAUAUCUAGACAUAUUUCUUUCACAUAUGCAAACAAUAUUUUAAGCAAUGGGUUUCCAUUUCUUCUGGCAAAUCUCAACAUCAAAGAUAUUGAAGAAAACUUUGACGAGGUGUUAUUUUUGUGGAGCAAAGAAGAUCUCACAUUACAGGGGGCCGAUGUCAUCUUGCACAAUCUGGCAAGCUGCUGUGAAAUUUUUCGCCAAAUAGUUCUUGAGUUUAAGCGAAUUCAGUUCUCUAAAGCAAUCAGAACCAUAACCUACCAAUCAUCUGACAUCACCGUAGACCACAUAAGUCCUGGUUUUGUUCUUGCUGGCAUGACAAGAUCAUUUGCUGCAGAGUUACCUGAUCUUUCUUUUCAACUGGUUGACAUAAGUGCCAUCUCUACUCAGGACAUUGAAGCGCUUUUUGAGGUCCUAAGAUCACAUCCUUGCAAUGAGUUCCCAGAGUUGGUGGUAAAGAAUGGGCUCAUCUUGAAACCUUCGAUUGUCCGCACCCCUCUGAAAGUCUCUGAGACUAAAGAGGACAGUUACAACUGUCCAACAUCUGAACUUUGCGUCUUUCAGACAGCUGAUGCACAUAAAAUGGCUCGACUAAGUGCCAUUCCCUUACACAGUGAAGCUGAUCCAAUCAGCCAUGCCUGUGUUGAAAUUCAACCCAGUAAAAUAUGUGUUCAUUCAUCAGAUUACUUCCCUGUCAGUGUUUCACAUUUUUCAUUUGGCCAGACACUGUACUGGAAUAAAUACUCAACUCAGAAACACAAAUUACUUGCUCUUGACUUCAGUGGUGUAGUUACAGCAGUUGGAAAAGAUGUGCAGAAACUCAAAGUUGGAGACCAAGUUGCUGCUUGUUAUCCUGUUGUGGCUGCAGCUAAAGUUCAAGUACCGGAAGAUGUAUGCUACAGAACCAAAAUGUUCCCAUUCCUUCAAAAAACACCCUGUGUUUCAUAUUUUGUCCUAAAUUGGGAGAUACUUCAUCAAACCUUGCAUAGACCCAAACAAAAUUUGGGCAUCAUUUGCACUGACCACAAUUCUGCUCUGGUGAAAAUCUUGGCACUUUGUGCUCACAAAUCUGGUUGGAACGUGAUUGUUGGUACACAGUGCAAUGGCUCUUUUGUAGAUGCCAGUCAAGUGGAUGCAUUUGUCAUUCUACCCCCAUUUGAUAAAUCCCUUGCUAUUAAAUCUGUCAACCUUCCAGGUGUCCAGCAUGCUGUUUUUAUCUGUGAAUCCCAGAUGCAAAAUGUGUUGGUUCAGGAAUUGUGCCAAAAUAUAAAGGAAAGUGUUUGUGUACAGACAAUUCAGAUGCAUGUGAUUUUGCAAAAAGGAUACUUGAAAGCACGAAGGCCUCACAUUUACAACUGGCUGAAGUCUCUGAAAUUAAGCAGAAAGUUUGCUCUUGAAAGCUUCACCUUUCAGAGUUUGAAAUCUGAAAGCAAGAUUCUCGAUUCAGAAAAACUGCCAUCGUAUUUCAGCUCAAAAAAGCUUCCAGUGAUAGCUCUGGAAAAAGACCCAAGUGGUAAUGUGUCUAAUAUCCCAUUGUUGCAAAAGAAAAAACAGCUUUUUAGAAAGAAAGCAGUGUACAUUGUGACUGGUGGACUCACUGGGUUGGGCUUUGAAACAGUCAAAUUCAUCUCUCAAAGAGGCGGGGGAUAUGUCGUCAUUCUUUCCAGAAGCAAACCGACAUUACAUGUGCAGCAAGAACUACUCACCGUACAGAAACAGUGUAGAAACAGCAUCACAAGCAUGGAAUGUGAUAUAUCGGUGUCUGAGCAUGUGCAGAAUGUUUUCACCGUAAUCAGGCAGAAGUUCAGUGAUUAUCCAAUAAGAGGGGUGUUUCACAGUGCAGUUGUCCUUCAUGACAGUCUCAUUGAGACCUUGAACAUAUCGCUUUACAAAAAGGUUUUCAAACCCAAAGUAAACGGUGUUUUGAAUUUGCACCAUGCAACUCAGCACUGUCAGUUAGACUACUUUGUGUGCUACUCUUCCAUCUCGGCAUUCCUGGGAAACGCCUCGCAAACAAACUAUGCAGCGGCCAACUCUUUUCUCGACUUGUUCUGUCAGUACAGGCGUAAACUCGGGUUGCCUGGACAGUCAAUCAACUGGGGAGCUUUGAACCUUGGCCUGCUCUUGAACAAAGAGCAUUUCCAUCGCUUCCUGGAGGCAAAGGGAAUGAUGGUGUUAGAUGUGGCCGAAAUUCACAAAAGCUUGGAAGAGUGCCUUGUGCUCAACCGGCCCCAACAAGCCAUCUGCAGGUUUCACUUCAGGAACAUCAGAUACAACAUCCUCUCUCAGAAUCAAGCCUUGACCUUGCGCCUUAAAGCGUUAGUUGAAGAAGCCUUCCAAAAAUCUAAAGAGGCAGAUUCUGAGACUAAACAAACAGAUUUGGUUUCACCAAAAGAAUAUGUGUUCUCUCUGCUGAGUGAGACCAUCAGCAUUGAUCAAAGUGAGCUGAGUGAGGAGUCCCUCCUUUCAUCGUUGGGCAUGGACUCAAUGCAGGCCAUGACUCUGCAGAAUCUAAUAUUUCAAGAGAGAGGUGUGAAUGUGCCUCUGGUGAAACUGUUGGAUCCCAAUGCCACAUUAUCAACAGUGAUCGCUGAACUGAGUGAAGCAGCUGAAGGUGGAAAUGUCAGUGAAGACAUGGGUGAUGCUGAGGUUUCAACAAGACUGUAAGAAACAAAAGAAAAUCAAAAUGUUCAAUAGAUACCUUUUUGUACCCGAUCAGUUUAUUUUUGUACAGAUUUUUCUUGUCAAUGUUCAAAUUUUUUGGUGCAUUUUUAGUGGCAUCACAUUUAUAUGCAAAUAAACUAUUUGUUUUUCAAAUAGAAAGAC